GUAAUUGUUGAUGAUUUGCGACUGAGUCGAGUUUACGAGUUUCCAUGUCACGAGUGGAUUGACGAGCCAAAUCAGAAGCAGUUAUUCUGCGGCACAGAUAAGGCCCGCAAGUCUUCGGUGGAAGAGAACUGGCGAAAAUUACCCAUCGAGAUCCACGUGUACACUGGUGCACAGUCGGCAUCUAGUAUGUCAGCUCAAGUAUUCCUCCGUCUAUUCGGCCCGGAAGGAGCGACAACGACCGAACUGGCCAAGUCACCAAAACAUGCACGUUCGCUUGCGGACAGCGACCGUCUUGCAAGCGCGACAUCAGUCGAAUAUAAGGGGGAUCGGGCUGGAAAAAAAGAGCAAGAAGCGUACGCGACACGGCGUAUUUGGCUAUCAGAUGGAAUUUACGAAAGAAGUCGAGUAUCUCAAUUCCGGAUUGAUCUCCCAGUGCCGUUUUGUAUCAGUCCGUUCACCGGUGUGGAAGUCGGCCAUGAUGGAUCGGGAAAGCAUGCAAAUUGGUUUAUGGAUCGAGAUCAAGAAGACGGAAAGAUUGUCAGACGCCUCCAAGAGGAUAAAGCUCAACGCGUUCGCAGUGAAACACGUGUACCAUGGACUAUCCGUGUUAGAACAAGCAAAAUCCAGGGAUCGGGAACUUCAGCCGCGGUGCGGUUGGUUCUGUACGGUGAGAAACUCAAAACGGACACGGUCCCAUUGGACACGGCACACUUGGACGAUCAAUCGGAGUGGGUUCCCGAGCGGACAAAGAUGAGCACAACUUUGUUCACCCCGGGUACCGAGGCUGUGUUUCGUGCCGACCUACAGGACAUUGGCAUUCCGUACAAACUCCGUAUUGGACAUGACAACUCAGGCCCGAAUCCGGUUUGGCACCUGGAGCGAGUAUGCGCAUUUAUGUUGGGUGGAGAAUAUCAAGACGAUAUAGAGGGUUGCCGUUUUGUUACGAUGAUUAACUGGAAUACUGAACAAGAAUACCUUUUCCUUUGUGGUCGAUGGUUCAGUAGAAAACACGAGGACCACGCCAUUGUUCGUGAGAUACCCGCUCAGGGACCGGGAAUUGUGACACCAGCAGCAAUUUGUCAGUACAAAGUGGCAGUUACCACCGGCGAUAAAGAUCAAGCGGAGACAAAUGCAAACGUUUUCAUCAAUUUGUUUGGUGAAUGCAGCGAUACGGGAGACCGAUGGUUAACGGAGUCGCUAGCCGGAGGCAAGAUGUUUCAACGUUGUCAGACUGAUGAAUUUCUGUUGGAGGCGGUCGACUUGAAGCAAAUCAAGCGAAUACGCAUUGGACAUGACGCGCGUCAGGCCGGAUGUGGUUGGUACCUGGAGAAGGUUGUCAUUGAACAGCUUCCGUCUCCGAAAAAGAAGUUUGUCUUUACUUGUGGUCGAUGGUUAGACUCAAAAAGAGAUGACGGGCUGAUUGUGCGAGAGCUGAUCGAAGCGGAAAAAGUUGAAAGCAUACUGUACGAAAUCACUGUGAAGACAUGCGAUCAUCAUGAUGCUGGAACGGAUGCGAAAGUGUUUCUCUGCAUUUACGGUAAACAAGGUGAUACUGGGUCCUUGCAACUGAGAGACGCGCAACGGGAUUCGCAUAAAUUCAAACCCGGAUCGGCGGAACUGUUUCGAAUACCUUCCGGGGACGUGGGUGAACUGAUAAAAAUACGCUUGUGGCAUGACGACAGUGGCAUUAGCCCGGGCUGGUUUGUGGAUGAGGUUUCAGUUGUGGCUCCGCAUUUGGGACUGCGCUACGUGUUCCGUGUGCAGCGGUGGCUCGACCGAAAAGAAGGCGAUGGAAAAACUCAGGUGGACCUUGAACCAACGCGAAUUGAAAGGUUGGAAAAGUCCGUGUGCCAUGAGAUCACAGUUUUCACCGGAGUUUGUACGGGCGCAGGCACAAAGGGAACGGUUUCUAUUCGCAUUUACGGUAGCCCGUUGAAUCGGGUUACGGAUAUGAUGCAAAUCGCAUCAGAUGGAAAGUACUUUAAUGCUGGCUCGGUGGAUACAUUCAAGGUGUACACGACUGAUGUUGGAAUGAUACAGAAGAUUCAUAUUGGACACAACUGGACAGGCGGUGGAUGGUAUUUAGAUCGGGUACGAAUCCGCAAAUCCACGGGGAACAAAAGAAAACAUUCAUCGGAUAGGUCAUUGUCGAUGAAUUAUGGACAAGCCAAAGGAGCGGAAACCAAUCGAAAGAAGGACAUACAAAAUUCAUUGGACUCCAUUCGCUCCUCAAUCUUAGAGACAAGCGGCUCAUAUGAUCCACUGGAUUCCCUGAUCGAUGGAGAUAAUAUGGAAACGUACUGGUUCAUUUCGAAGGACUGGUUGGCGAGGGACAAAGGAUCUCGUCAAAUGAUGCGUGAUUUAAUAGCGACCACAGAGGAUGGGCGGCCAUUAAAUCAGAUUGUGGAAUCUACAUAUGAGAUCCUGAUUCAAACGGGCUCACAAGAGAACGCAGGAACUACAUCUUUGGUUUAUCUGACGUUUUACGGUUCACAAUCAAAGACAGGAGAUUUAUUAUUGAACAAUCUGCACACGGGUUCCAAACUUUUUGCAUCCGGUGCAAAAACCAUUUUCACGUUGAAACUCUGCGGAUUAGGUGACCUGGAGAAGGUGAAGGUCUAUCAUGACAGUAGCGGACUGAUUCCAGCCUGGUUUUUGGAUUACAUCCUAAUCACGGAGACCAUCAGAAACAAGACGAAACGAUAUUUGUUUCCCUGUUACCAGUGGUUGGGUAGGGAUUUGUCCGACGGUUCUGUUUCUCGAGUAUUGGCUGUCGCAAAGCCGGAAAUUUAUGAACGGUGGAAAGCGGGCGAGAAUAUUGGAAAUGAUGCGCGACUGGUUAAUGCAGAUCGAUCAACACCAUUCAUUGUACGUGUGUACACGGGCUCAGNUCCGGGAGCCGGGACGGAUUCAAACGUGUUCAUCGAACUUUAUGGUGAACAGGGUGCAUCCGGUAUUAUUCCAUUGAAGACCAGUUGGGACAAUGGAGGUCAUAAAGUGGUGAACAAGUUUGAGGCUGGUUGCGUUGACACAUUCACAUUGAAAGCCAUGGAUAUUGGCCCGUUACAGAAAGUUCGAUUGGCUCAUGAUUCCACCGGUGUCGGUCCAUCGUGGCAAGUUGCGCGCGUGGAAAUCGAUGCCCCUAAAUUGAAUCUGGGUUGGACGUUCCCUUGCAACCGUUGGCUCAAAUCUCGCGAUGAUCGGAAACUAUCCGAAGUCGAAUUGUAUCCGCAAUCAGAUCUGACAAAGUUUUUGAGAUCCACUAUGAGUUUCGAGGUUAAAAUAUUCACCAGUGGUCAGUCCUCGUCCGUGAUGUCCGCUGCCGUGUUUCUACAAAUUUAUGGAAAAGACGGACAAGGAUCUCAACCCAUCCGGCUCCUGUUUUCAGAGGAUUCAACUACAUUGUUCAAGAAGGACUCAGUGGAUACGUUCUAUGUAGAAGUAUUGGAGUUGGUCAUGCCUAUCUCCAAAAUACGCAUCUGGCAUGAUAACGGUGGAGUGUCACCAAAUUGGCACGUAUCUAGAGUUGAACUGCGACAUAUAAAGCCUAACAAACAGGUGAUCGAAACCUUCGUUUUCGCAUGUGAAAAAUGGCUUUCACGUGGAAAAGCAGAUGGUGCUAUUGAACGAGAACUGGUCGUAACCAGACAGGUGGAUACACGAAUGUCCGGGCAGAGUAUGGAUGUGAGCACAGCGAACAAGCCUAAAAUUGUCAAUUACGAGAUACGUGUGAUCACAGGCGACCGGCCACAUGCGGGAACGGAUGCAAAUGUGUAUCUGACCUUGUUCGGGGAUCGAGGAGACAGCGGAGAACGGAAGUUGGCCAAAUCACAGACUAACGUGAAUAAAUUCGAAUCUGGGCAGACAGAUGUUUUUAUAUGGGAAGCAGUGGAUCUGGGAAAGCUACGCAAAGCACGCAUUCGUCAUGACAAUACCGGGGUCGGGUCCUCGUGGUUCUUGUCCCGAAUCGAGGUGCAGCCCCUGAGCCAAUCAAAAGCCGAUACGAACAGCGAUAAACCGGCACCUCUAUUAUCACCAACUACAUUCCACUGUGAACGCUGGUUGUCCACACAUCAUGAGGAUGGUCUGACUGAUCGAACCCUCGUGGCACACGAAUAUCUAUCUGACGAGGAUGCAAAUCAAAGCGUAGCUUCUAUUCAGACAAUGGCUGAUUUGAAUCCCAUGAUGAAACAUACCCUACUUCCAAAGGGUGUCAUCGUUCUUCCGCGGAAGAUGGUGAAUGUGGUUGAGACAGGUCACAUAACACCGGAAAGUCCACGGCUAGAAUCCCUCUCCGAAGGAGAACGUCUGCCUACCACGCCGUAUCACAUUCGCGUGGUGACUGGAUCAAUAAAGCAUUCGGGCACUAUCGGUCCGGUUUGGGUUCGUUGUGUUGGACGCGCGAAACGAGACUCGGGGAAAAUGAUGUUGUUUAAUGAGAAACGUGGCACCAGGCUGCUCAAGGGAACGUCCGAAAUGUUCUACUUUGACGCACCGAUUCUGGAUGACAUAGUCGAGGUGGAGGUGUGCAAUGAAGCGGUUGGUGAUAAAGCAGCCGGUUGGUUUUUACGCUACUUAAAUGUGGAUCUGCCAAUUCAAGGAAAGCAGUAUCAUUUCGACUGUAACACAUGGCUUUCAUCAAAGCGAGCUGAUGGUAGAACUCAACGCUGUUUCCCGGUGAUGCCCGGCGGUAUUCGUGCCUAUCCCAAACUCGUAUCCUAUCAAGUGACAAUUAAAACCGCUGACGAAGAGUAUGCUGGCACGGACUCCGAUAUUUAUCUAAAACUCUUCGGAAACCAAGGAAGCACACACGAGAGGAUGUUCGAAAAGUGUGGCAAUCGAUUUGAACGCGGAUCCAUGGACAAAUUCACAGUGGAGUACGAGGACGUGGGAGCUUUGGAAAAACUGAGGCUUAAAUAUGACUCUGAGGGUGAGCGACGACAAUGGAAAGUGGAAAGCGUGAACAUCACACGACCGGGAAAGAGUUAUCAUUUCAAAAUGGACGAGUCCGGGUGGUUUUUGCUCAGUUACGAUGGAGUAAAGCGUAAAUGGAUUGAUUUGGUCGCAACUGUAAAUGCGGUGGAGCAAUUGCGUCGUGUCAGUUUGAAAAUUCGAGUAAAAACAUCAAACGUUUCUGGAGCGGCGACGGAUUCGGCCGUAUAUUUGCGUCUGUUCGGCCAACACGGGGACUCUGGUGAUCUCAGUCUGAGGACCAGCACAGAAAAACGAACGUUGUUUCGACAAAACGCCAUAGACGAGUUUCUGAUCAAGAAUAUGCCCGAACUGGGUAUUUUGACACGCUGCCGUCUAUCAGUGGAUUAUAAAGGCCGAUCACCCUCGUGGCAUUGUGAAUGGAUUGAGGUUUAUGAGGUUCUACCCGAAGGCACAGCACGUGCGCCAAGGCAAUGGCGAUUUCACUGUUCCAGAUGGUUAUCACUCAAGGAGGGUGAUCAAUUGAUCUCUCGAGAUCUUGCUUGUACUGAGGAAUCUAUGAACGAUCCGGAAAAAGGUCAUGUGACUGACCCGGUGAUUAUCAAUACUGUUAUGGCCAUGGCGGAAAUCGCAAAAGCGGUCAAUUUGCCCGAUCGUCACUAUGGUGAUAUCGCAUACGACGUACUGAUCAAAACCGGUGAUGCUAAGGAUGCAGGAACUCCACAUCACCUCUGUAUUACACUUGAAGGAACUGAGGGUAAAUCGAGACGACUACAAACAUCACAUAUGGAAGGAAUAUCGUUACUUUCCGGAAGCACAAACCGCCUGAAGAUAUUGAGUCCUCCGCUUGGCAGACUCACCAAAGUAAGGUUAUGCAUCAUGGGCAAAUCCGGGAGCGCACAAUCAUCCAGCGGGAAAAUCGAUCGUUCCUAUCAUUGGUAUUGUGAAAAAAUUAGCGUUAUUGACCCUAUAACGCAUCAGGAGUAUCAGUUUCAAGUGAAAAAAUGGAUAGAGGCCAUCACUGCGCACGCCACAUGGAAUGAGACUGUGAUCGAUGUCUCGACCGUACAAGAAGAUAAGAACCUGCAACUAGUCAAACAGUGGCGAGAUAAAGCAACGAAAAGAUACAAAGUCUCUGUGUACACUGGCAGCAAACUGGGUGCCGGUACAGACGCUAACGUGUACAUCCAACUGUUUGGAGAAGGUCCUGGACAAGACUCCGGGCUGCAGUCAUUGAGAAAAGACGGACGAAACUUGUUUGAACGAAACCAAAUGGACGAAUUUCAAAUUGAGUGCUAUGAUUUAGGUGUUCUGAGUCGAAUUAUGGUCGUUCAAGACAAUAGCGGAGCAAGUGCAUCCUGGUUUUUGGACAAAAUCCUCAUCACUGAUGUCUCAAAGAGCGAGGUGUACAACUUUCCGUGUGAGCAAUGGCUAUCAAAAACGAAAGGAGAUAAGCGAACCUGGAAGGAGAUUUAUGCCGUUCAAUAG